AUGAUCGAGGAAGCAGCUAAAAAAGAGUUAUCUACUGAUGUCAAGAGGAAGUUGUUGUUACAGUAUAUCCUGCGAUCUCGAGGAAUUUUGCAUGAAAACGUCCUGUUGACAUGUUUACUACAAUUGGAACAAGUGGAUGUGACGGAAGAAGGGUUCGAUGAAGACAUUUGGCUGGAACGACUAUCGCAUUAUAUUUCAGAGAUUAAUCUAAAACUGAGUAAGAUACACUAUAAAGUGAUAAAGAUAAGUCAUGGCAUGGGGAAAAAUUAUGUUACACAGAAGGUAAUGUCUAAUUUUGACAACGAAUGGAACUUAAGACCAAGUAGUCGAUUCUAUGUAUAUGUAAAUCUCAAUUCGACGAAAGAAACGGAGUUAGCAACCACUCUGAGACCAUCAGAAAUUGAGUUUGUUAAGUGGACAAUUGAAAAGCUAGCUACCUUGAAAGGUAUCUCACAAUCUUCGAGCAGUGAAAACUGUCCGGUAGAGCUUGAAAUUGAUCGUAUUUUGAAGGAUUGGUAUGAGCGUACCGAACAUGAGACCGUUCGCCUGCCCUAUCGAACUACGUACACUUUUGGUUCCAUGCAUUUGAUGGCUUAUACAGAGUUUUCCUCAUCGGAAGUAGAGAAGCUGCUGUCAAAACUCUGUGAGCUGAAGUGGCUUUAUAGAACAGACAAGGGCUCCUAUGGACUUGAUUUGAAACUACUGCUGGAAAUGGAAGAAUACCUGCUAGAGACACAUUCAAUGACUACUUGCGAGUCGUGCCAGCGAAUAGUUAAUCAAGGUGUGCUCUGUACUGGAUGCGUUGCGAAUCAAACCGUUGACGAUGAUGAAACCGAGCUAACUGCAUGGCAUGUGGAUUGCUUCGAAUACCAUCUUAAGCACAUCUCUCAAAAUUGUAAUAAAUGUGAAUCGGACAUUUUAAAAGCUGGAGCAUAUCUCGUGUAA